UCUAUACAUGUCAAGCAAAGCCUCACAAUGCUGCGCUUACUAAACCCGUGAGUUGAGGAAUUUGCUGUGAUGUGGCUGUUCCCAGACCCCCGCUUCGCCCCUCUGCAAUGGACUCUCUGUCUGCGGCACUGAUGGACCAUCUUGGCAGGUGGACCGAGCGAGCAAAUACACCUGUUUGGGAUAUCUUUGACAACGUAGGACAGAAAAAGAGAACAGUCUUCGGGAACUGAGCUUUUAACCACCCACCCUCUCCUCCCUCUUCCUUGCUCAUACACACACGCACACACACUUGCCUCUCCCUUCUUCCCUCCCUGCUCAUCUCCUCUACUGUCGGAUGCUGGUGUGGUGAACAACAGGACACUCUUGGCUGAGCCGCAUGGAGGCACAGGGAGGGGCUCCCAGCCCAGAGCCCGGUAAAGACAUCCAGAAGCUGCUAAAGCCCUCCAGCUCAGGAAACCUCUCUCAGGAGCAGUUCCAGCAGCACGCCGCAAGCCAGGAUGAGGAGGAGGAGGGCGGCUGGACAGGACACACUGCAAGCCUGCUGCACAUCUCUGAGAAGAGACAACCUCUGAGCAGCGUGUCUUCUUUGGAAGUCCACUUCGACCUCCUAGAUCUGACCGAGCUCACAGACAUGUCGGACCAGGAGUUAGCUGAAGUCUUUGCUGACUCUGAUGAGGAGAACCACAAUGAGUGCCCGCCAGGUUCCCAGCAGGCUGUGCUGGUUAAAGGCGGGUACAUGCGCUCUCCCUCAUGGACACGCUGCAGCAAGGUGGAGCUCCCCCGAGAAAGAAAGCACCACAGCGACUCGGACACCACCGCAGAGCCCUUAAUGAAGCUGGAGAGGCCAAAGCAACCUUGAGGUGGCGUGUGCGACUCAGCCGGAAUGAAGUUCAGAGUGAAAAGCCAACAACAGAGCAUACAGUACCACCGGGCCACUGACUGUGCUGAUGAACAAAUGAGUUCACGUUGAACUCUGGACACACAGCAGGUGCACAGUCACGUGGUUCUUCCUUCUCCUCUCUUGUUUCACGCUGAAGAUUAAUGCUUUGUUUUGGAGUGACAGACAGGGUAGUAACAGUACCUACUAAAUGCCAGAAAAAUGAGCCAAGGCAGGACGAGGGUGUGGUGUGCUAUUAUGACAAUUGUCUAAAUCAUAGAUUGUUAGCCUCAUUUUGGGGGAAGGUUAUGAAAUCAUUUUCACCAUCUUCCAAAUGACGAGUCCAAAUGAUGGAAAAAUGACAAUUUUAAUGUGAAUAUGCAUGAAUGCCAAACACAAUCAAGUGCCAACACUUGUUAUACGCAACAACAAACUGAUGUGACAGCCUAGUUAUUGAUGAGUUUUUAAUCAAUUUAGCUCAUCUAUACCUGGACUGAUGAUCAUCCUGAAUGACGUGAGUGACAAUGGGAGGAAAAAUUAAACAUUUUGGAAAACUACUUUGUUGUAUGUUUUGUCAUUAUGGGGAUGCUUUGCAACCUGUAAAUUUUCUAUCAAACUGAAAGCUGACUAUGCAGUAAACUAGGUCAAACAUGUUAAUACUCUUGACCCAAAGUGUUUUUAUAGAGCACAGCUGCUAUGCUGUUUACUCUGUGUACAAACUCAAUUGAAAACAACUGGAAUCCUAUUUUAGAGCAACACGUAAUCUAUCAUAACCACAUUACAUUAGGCUGUGGUUAUUUUUAAAUGUACUUGUUGUUAUACAGUAGGUGGAUCGUUUAACUGUCUGUGAGGUAGUGAGAUUCUAGUACAGUACUUGAGUGAUUUUAAUGAAUUUUGCAGAAAGUUAGGGCCUGCACGCAACCUGUUGAAUGCAAAAUUGACCACUUAUUGUCUAGGGAUUUUAGCAAAUCAGGCCCUUAAAGAUGUAUUACUGGCAGAGGUGGGUAGAGUAGCCAAAAAUUUUACCCAAGAGUAGUGUUACUUCAAAAUAAUAUGACUUAAGUAAAAACAGUCAUCCAAAAAAACGUACUCAAGUUCAAGUAAAAAAGUGAAAAGAAUUCUCAAGUAAUGAGUAACAUUGUGUGUAACUGCUUAUUUUUGUUUGAUUUUUGUUUUUUGUUUUUUUAAACAACGAUAUUUUUUAUGAACUGUUGUUAUAAUGAUACUGUACAAUAACCCAUUACAUAACCACAUUAAAGACAGAAAUGAAGCAUUAUUCGAGCAAGAGGCAUGAGUGCUUUCUGGUGGAGAAAAUAGCUCCUAGUUUGAAUAGUUCCUUCAUAGUUAGUCAUAUGAAAUUAAAAGGAUCAUAUCUCCGGUUUUCCGUGGUCAAUCGGUGCCAAAUAAAAACUGGGGGAGAGGUUUAAAUCUGCGCUUUCGAGUCAUGUUGAUGACAGCGCUCUACGUCAUUUUACAGUGCUUUAAAGACGACACGUGAUUGAACAGGCUGGCGUGAUCAUAGAACGGCAAGGUUGUGUCUGAUUGGUUUAAUGGAUUCAUGUGAUUAUUUUGCAACGUCUCAUUGGUGAAAUUAGUCAUGCUACUCUUGGCAUAGCUGGCAAAAAAAAAAAAAAAAAACUAAUAUGUAGAAUAAAGAGGAAAACUAUAACGACUCUUGUGUAGCCCAAAGUAACGGAGUAAGAGUAGCGUUUUAUUUUCAAAAAUCUACUCAAGUAAAAGUAAAAAGUAUGGCUUAGUAAAACUACUCUUAGAAGUACAUUUUUCUCAAAAAGUUACUCAAGUAAAUGUAAUGGCGUACAUGUAACGCUUUACUACCCACCUGUGAUGACUGGUAAUGUAUUUACACUGUAAAAAUGUUAGUCUUUUACUUAAGGCAAGGUGAAUUUAACUCAUUAACAGCCAUUGAUGGUGAUAGGCGUCCAAUCUUUUUUGGACUGGGAGAGUAGGCAACGAAUAAAAGUUGAAAUCCCAAAGUGAAAAUCAGUUGGACGUCUAUUGCCAUAAAUGGCAGCUAAUGAGUAAAGAUCAUAUAAAAUGAAGCCAUCAAGUGAAAGAGGAAUAUGAAUUAAUACUGUUGGUGAUUAUAGCUUAUUAAGUGCACUUGGUAAAGAUGAAUGUUAUUGAAAUACCAGUUUGGAUUUUAGCAAAUCCAUAAAAUAAUUAAAUGACAAACAUGAUCAGCAUGGUUCUUACCAAGAAAUCCACAUGGUUAUCUCCUUUGAAUCAAAUAAGCAGAUGUUUUGUUUAGUUCAUUCUGUAAGUGCUUUUUGUCCCAUGAGUCUUUGUUCCAGUUCCUUAGGCCCUCGGGUAGGGAGGUGUCCUCCUCCGGGUCCCCAAGCUCUUCCACUAACUCCUCAUAAGAGGAUUUCUCUCGAAAAGGACGUGGCCCCAGCAGCUCCACCAUGUCGGACUUCUCAAGAAUCUCUCUUUCCAGGAGACGUUUUGCUACCUGUGAUAUUAUUAAUACAGUUACUCAGUCAAUUCUUGUAGUCUACUUUCGCUUUUCCAGAUGUUUUGUUGUUGGCAAUUGUCAGGAGUAAAAUGAU